CACCAAAGUAAUCAAAACAAGCCAAGCUUCUCCCACCUUUCUCAUUCAAAUAUUUCACUACUUCUUCAACAAAUGGCUCAACCAAGUGCCGCCACACGAACAUACGAAGAUUUCCAGCCCUCAUCAAACUGGGCAAGAGAGGAAGGAAGUGAUACUUUUAUUAUCAAUCUUCCUGAUUUCAAGAGGGAUCAGCUGAGAAUUCAGAUCGACGGUCAUGGCCAAUUAAAGGUUACUGGUGAACGUCCCCUUACAGAAAACAAAUGGAGUCGUUUCCGCAAGGAUUUUUUCAUUCCAAACAAUUGUAAUGAGAAAGAGAUUAAAGCUAAGUUUGCUAAUGGAGUUCUUCACAUUACAAUGCCAAAGACAAUUACUCAAAUUUCCACAAAAGAUGAAGCUAUGCCUAAGCAACAAGAAACACCAAAUCAAGGUGAGAAGAAAAUAAAAGAAGAUGAUAAGAAGGAAAUGAAGGGAAUAGAUGGGAAACUUGCAGGUGAAGGUGGAGACAGUGCUGGAAAGAUGAUGAUUGGAUCCAAGGAAAAGGAAAAUCGAGUACUUGAUCCUCAAAAACAAACAAUUAGUUAUAGGUUUGGUAUGGGUAUAAGCUUCAGGUUUAAGCAACCAACACGAGCAAUUGUGAAUGUCGCAAUUGGGAUUGCUGUGGUGGUGGCUUUAGGGGUUUAUGCAAAGUAUAGACUUCAGCAUUCAGUAGAAUCUGAAACCUAAAUCUUGUUCUGUAAUUUCAUUUCCAUGUCCAAGUUUCUCAUCAUCUUGGCUCUGUAAAAUAAAUUGGAAACAUUUUAAUUAUUAAACUCUGAAGUGUGUAUUA